UCCUCUUCAUAAUUUAAAAAAAAGUCUUAGCUUGCAAAGCCUUGCAUCUUUCAGUUCAAGUGAAAAUGUAGCUGAAAUGUUUUCUGGAUCAAAAAUAACUGACCAGUCUACACCAGUUAAAGGUUUUGAUUGCACUCAGGAGAGAGGCAUAUUAGAAGAGCCAGAUUUAACUUUAAUAUCAACAAUUAGCUCUGAAAGUUAUCUCCAGCAGAAACGACACACAGAUUUAGAUAACCUUAGUAACAAGGAAAACUUGGAACUUACACUUAGUGUCAAGAAUACUCCAUCCAUAUGUACAGAUAAAACUACUACUGCUACAAGUGAUAGUCCAUUCCAAACUGGCUGUGUUGAUUCACCAUCAAUGAUGUCUUUUAUGCAACAUGAAAUAAGUUGUUUGGCCCAAGAAAGUGCUGAAGAAAUCAAAAUCAAAGAGAAAAAGAAGAAGACGAAAGUAGAAUAUAAAAAAUAUCAAGCCCGUACUAAAAGGUUGUGGAACAAUCUUGAAGAAGUUCAGAAAAAGCAUUUGCAAGAAAGUAAAAUGCAGCAGCUUGUCAUGAAUCGCAUAAAAGCAAAGAGUUUGCUAAAGGAGGAAGUAGAGAACUUCUUAUCCACAUAUAAAUUGCUGUGUUAA